AUGUUGAAACAGUGUGUGUUAUGUCGGAGAUUUAUUACUCGUACCCUGCUGAAAUCUUAUAGCGGUCGGUCAAAAGGAUCUCUAGCUGAUGGAAAUGUGACUCCUCUUCGGCGACUAUUAGAAGAUGCCAGCGGCUUUGGGGAGAUGGAAGCGAAGGAUCCAGAGCUACAAUGGGCCACAGAACCAUACGCAGUGAAACCUGGCGAAACACAGUCGGAAACACCAUACGUAGACCCAAAAGAAACAACUGUUUUACUGUUCCCAGGGCAGGGCUCGCAAUGGGUGGGCAUGGGCAAAGAAUUGGAAAAGAUACCGGCCGCACGUGAUUUAUAUGAAUUGGCCUCCAGUGUUGUCGGGUGGGACGUGGCGCGCGUGUGUCGCGACGGCCCCUCCUCGGAGCUGACGCGGCGCUGCCAGACGGCGGUGCUGGUGACGUCGCUGGCGGCGCUGGAGCGCGCGCGGGAGGAGCGGCCGGCGGCGGUGGAGCGCGCGCGCGCCGCGGCCGGCUUCUCGCUGGGGGAGAUCACCGCGCUCGUGUACGCGGCCGCGCUGCCCCUCGACGCCGCGCUGCGGCUGGUGGAGCUGCGCGCCGCCGCCAUGCGGGCCUGCGCCCAAGAGCGCCGAGGGGGCAUGCUCACGCUGUGGCUGGCGCCCGACGCCGACCUGCCGCGCCUGCUGCGGGCCGCGCGCGACCACGCCGGCACCGGCACACCCGACCCCGUGUGCCAGGUCGCCAACUACAUGUACCCCGGCUGCAAGGUCAUCGCCGGCGACGAGGAGGCGUUGAGAUACGCGGAGAGGCACGGCGCGGCGCUGGGCGUGCGUCGGGCGGCGCGCGUGCGCGUGGAGGGCGCCUUCCACACGCCGCUCAUGCGCGGCGCCGAGGACGCGCUGCGCGAGGCGUUGCGGCACGUGGAGGUGUCGGAACCGCGGCUGCGCGUGGUGUCGGCGGUGGACGCGCGCCCGUACCGCGACGCGGCGCACGUGCGGCGGCAGCUGGCGCGCCACGUGACGCGCCCGGUGCGCUGGGAGCAGGCGCUGCACGCGCUCUACGCGCGGCCCCGCGACCACGCGCUGCCCCUCACGCUCACGCUGGGGCCCGGCAACACCACGCGCGCCACGCUGCGGCAGGUCAACGCGCGCGCCUGGGACGCCUCCCUCAACAUCGACGUCUGA